CAAAUUUACUUCUACAGCUCACAGAUAUUUCUCUAGAUAGUAGAUACUAGAUACCUAUAAAUAUUCAAUAUAAUAUUAUUCGUGGGUAUUUCGCACAGCUGAAGUAGUGUACGUCAUACAAGAAUAAUCAUAGAUAAUAAGAGAAUAUCAAAUAUCUACGAGAAUAUAACAAUAAUUGCUGUGCAUAACCAUUAUAUUGUGCGCUCUAAAAGAUUUACAGAUAAACAAUUGUCCUGGUACUCUAGUAUUAUUCUAUGUAGGUACUUGGUAUUAAACUUUGAGCUUUUGUAGUUUAGCUCUUUAUACUUUGUUCUUGUACUAAGUGUAUUUUUCAGCAACUCUGUUGUUGAUCUCCUAAUUCUGAACGUUCUAUUGAGUGCGUUUAUUCUUUUUAAAUAUAAUUUAUUUUUCAAGUCGUUAAUCAUGCAGAGCAUUAAUACAAAAAGCAUAGUAUUUUAUAAUGGAUCAACUAAAAGAUCGUCAUGCGGUUACUGCAAGAAAGAAAAUUCCAGCUUUAGCAAUGGAAUGUGGGCUUCAAGUCUUUCAGUAGGAGCAUAUCAAGAUAUGAUUGAUCGUGGCUGGCGACGUGCUGGCAAGUAUUGUUACAAAGCACUUAUGGAAAAGACCUGUUGUCCACUUUACACUAUCAGAUGUGAAGCUUUAAAUGUUGAGUUAUCAAAGUCACAGAAAAAAAUCAUUAAAAGAGUAACUACAUUUUUAAAAAAUGGGGAAUGUCAGAAAAAUCCAGUUAAUAUUGAACAAGUUGAAAGUGAACCCAUCAUGAAAUAUAAAUUAGAAGAUAUACAAAAUCAUGAUGAUAAAAUGAAAAUUACUAACACUGAUUAUUUAUUUGAUGAAGAACAAAGUGGUUCUGUUAUUAAUUCUCAUAAUAGUACUUUAGUUACUACAAAUAAAGAAGAUAGCAAAAUGGUUGUACCUCUGAAUUUAAGUUGCAGCUCUGAUACUAAGAAAGAAACUAAAAAGUUAAGCCCGGCGAAGGAGCUAAUCCAAAUUUGCCGAGUUCAAAAAAAAAAAAAUUACUGCGCAUUCAAAAGAAACUAGCCAAGGAUCCAAAUUUUGUAACUACAAUUUCAACACCUCAACAAAAA